AUGGCAUCCAAUCUACCUGCCCAGCCAAAUCUGCGAGUCACGAUUAUCGCUGCGGACGGCCUCUACAAGCGCGAUGUCUUCCGCUUCCCCGACCCUUUCGCGGUGGCUACAGUUGGGGGCGAACAAACCCACACUACUUCUGUGAUCAAGAAAACCCUGAAUCCUUACUGGAAUGAACCCUUUGACUUGCGAGUCAACGAGGAUAGCAUUCUGGCGAUCCAGAUCUUCGAUCAAAAGAAAUUCAAAAAGAAGGACCAAGGAUUCCUUGGAGUCAUCAAUGUUCGCAUCGGCGAUGUCAUCGAUCUUCAGAUGGGGGGCGAUGAGAUGCUCACUCGCGACCUCAAAAAGUCCAACGAUAAUCUGAUUGUCCACGGAAAACUGAUUAUCAACCUGUCAACGAACCUUACAGCCACUACUUCCAACCAGCAAAAUGGUGGUCUACGCCCGCAAAACGCUCAAUCCUCAACCUCCAGUGGUCUCGUCCCACAAGUUGCAUCACCAACACCUCCCUCCCAGGCUGGUCCCGGUCAAGGGGACGCCCUACCCGACGCCAUGUCGAACGUGUCGCUCAAUAACCGUACCCCAUCGACUGCCGGACCUCCUGGCCUCCCUGCUCCUAACGGUGCCCCUCCUAGUGCGAGCGCUGCCUCUCGCACCAACUUGAGUUCUUUCGAGGACAGCCAGGGCCGUCUACCCGCUGGCUGGGAACGAAGAGAAGAUGGCUUGGGACGGACGUACUAUGUUGAUCAUAAUACACGCACUACGACUUGGUCGCGUCCUUCAGCAAACUACAACGAAUCUGCCCACCGCAGUCAGCGUGAGGCCAAUAUGCAAUUGGAACGUAGGGCCCAUCAGAGUCGUAUGCUGCCUGAAGAUCGAACUGGUGCUAGUUCUCCUAACCUGCCAGAUUCUCAGCAACCUCAAACACCACCUCCUGGGACUCAACCUCCACCCGCGUCGGCUCCAUCAGCAGCUCCAGCGGGAUCCUCUGCAAAUGCUGUUCAACUGAUGGCAACGGGAGCCACCACUGCAGGCACUGGCGAGCUUCCACCUGGAUGGGAACAGCGAUCUACCCCCGAGGGACGGUCAUAUUUUGUUGAUCACAAUACUCGCACAACCACAUGGGUUGACCCCCGCCGUCAGCAGUACAUCCGCAUGUAUGGACAGAAUCAGAACCAGGGUGGAAACAAUACUACCAUUCAGCAGCAACCUGUUUCUCAACUGGGUCCUCUGCCCAGCGGAUGGGAAAUGCGUCUUACCAACACUGCCCGUGUAUACUUUGUGGACCACAAUACCAAAACCACGACCUGGGACGAUCCUCGUUUGCCUUCAUCCUUGGACCAGGGCGUUCCGCAGUACAAGCGUGACUUCCGCCGCAAGCUGAUCUACUUCCGAUCUCAGCCCGCUUUGCGAAUCAUGUCCGGCCAAUGCCAUGUCAAGGUUCGCCGUAAUAAUAUAUUCGAGGAUUCCUACGCAGAGAUCAUGCGACAGAGUGCGUCCGACCUGAAGAAGCGCCUGAUGAUUAAGUUCGAUGGAGAAGAUGGUCUGGACUACGGUGGUCUUUCUCGUGAAUUCUUCUUCCUCCUCUCCCACGAAAUGUUCAACCCCUUCUACUGCCUCUUCGAAUACUCCGCUCACGAUAAUUAUACUCUGCAAAUUAAUCCCCAUUCUGGCGUCAACCCUGAGCAUCUCAAUUACUUCAAAUUCAUCGGCCGUGUGGUUGGUCUGGCGAUUUUCCAUCGCCGUUUCUUGGACUCAUUCUUCAUCGGUGCAUUCUACAAGAUGAUGCUUCGCAAGAAGGUGACUCUUCAAGAUAUGGAAGGUGUUGACGAAGAUUUACAUCGCAACUUAGCGUGGACUUUGGAUAACGAUAUCGAAGGCAUUGUCGAGCUUACAUUUUCGGUUGACGAUGAAAAGUUUGGUGAACGUCGCACUAUUGAUUUGAUACCCGAUGGCCGAGAUAUCCCGGUCACUAACGAGAACAAGCCUCAGUACAUUGAGUUGGUUACCGAAUGGAAGAUUGUUAAGCGUGUAGAAGAGCAAUUCAAUGCAUUCAUGUCCGGAUUUAACGAGCUGAUCCCGGCAGAUCUGGUGAAUGUGUUCGAUGAGCGCGAACUGGAGCUUCUCAUCGGUGGUAUUGCUGAUAUUGAUGUUGAUGACUGGAAGAAACAUACCGAUUAUCGUGGCUACCAAGAGCAGGACGAGGUCAUCCAGAACUUCUGGAAGAUUGUCCGUACUUGGGAUGCGGAACAGAAGUCCCGUCUUCUCCAGUUUACUACUGGAACUUCUCGUAUUCCUGUUAACGGUUUCAAGGAUCUCCAAGGUUCUGAUGGACCUAGACGCUUUACUAUCGAAAAGUCUGGUGAUCCUGCUGCCCUUCCCAAGUCACACACAUGUUUUAACCGUCUUGACCUGCCACCGUACAAGACUCACGAAGCCUUGGAACAUAAAAUGUCCAUCGCUGUGGAGGAAACUCUUGGAUUUGGACAGGAAUAG